AAUUUUAAAGCAAAAGCCAUCAGUCAGCAAAUCACUUCCGUCCAGAAGAUCACGAGUGAAUUUUACUAUCUUCCUAAACUCUUCAAUCUAAAGAAACUAAAUACAAACUUAAUAUUAUGGCUCCACAUUUGGAAUCCAGCUUUUCCAUUCGUAAUCUUUUGGCAAAUGCAGAUGGUACAAAUCCAGCCCUGACACCACCUCCAUCCGAUAACGGAGAGAAUCAUGAAAUUAGGCCGAACUUCACGUAUAGCGCGUUGGUGGCUAUGGCUAUUCGAAGCAGUCCUGAAGGCAAACUGACGUUGAACGCAAUACAAAGUUGGAUCAGUGAGAACUUUCCGUUUUACCGCAAGGAGGAGCAGGGCUGGCAAAACCAAAUUAGGCAGACUCUUAGCACGAACUCGUGUUUCCACAAAAUUCCACGACCUAUAGGCGACACGGGUCGUGGAAACUACUGGGUCAUGAGCCCGGAAGUGGGAGCGCUUCGUACUCAGCAACCAUUUGGUGGUAGAAGUGAGGCAGUACCUAUGGCGAUGGUGAGUGGAGUAGCGCAUCCUCAGGUUCCCAAUGCGGUGUACUUUCCUACGCCCCGCGAAGUACAGGGAGCUCAGCAAACCAUGUGGACUCAGGCGGUACAGGAGCAGCAUGCUUGGUAUCAAUACCACAUCCAACAGACGCAACUGAUACAGCAACAACUUGUAGUUCUGCAACAACAACAGGUGCAGCAGCGGUAUCAGGAAGCAUAUCAAAAGCUUGCUUUCCAUCAACAACAAAUAGCGUUUCUAACGGCCCCGCAAACACCAAUUUAA